AUGGACAUGACUUCCAACGCUAAAGGUGCCGGAAAACGGUUGCGCGACGAUGUUAAGGACCUCAGCCAAGACACCGACGGCGCGGGGCCUUGCGCGCUCGCUCUUGAGACGCGUGUGAUGGAAGCGGCGCCGUCUACCAGUACCGGGCGCGCUACAGUGUCUUGCUCAUCAGUGUCUUCCUCGCCGGCGAGUACUGAUGGACCAUCUCCGUCAACUGGUGUUCGACCACGAGGAAGGCCACGCAAGACGGAGGCACAGAAGGCGGAGACCAAAGCUCGCCAUGCUGAGGCCAUGCGACGAAAGCGGCAAGAUGCUGGACUGAGGGCGCGUGAAGCUGAGGCCAAGCGUCAGCAGCGACAAGAACACCCCGAGUACAGAGCACGUGAGGCCGAGGCCAAGCGUCAGCAGCGACAAGAACACCCCGAGUACAGAGCACGUGAGGCCGAGGCCCGGCGCCAACAGCGGCAAGAAGAUGCUGGACUGAGGGCGCGUGAAGCUGAGGCCAAACGUCAGCAGCGACAAGAACACCCCGAGUACAGAGCACGUGAGGCCGAGGCCCGGCGCCAACAGCGGCAAGAAGAUGCUGGACUGAGGGCGCGUGAAGCUGAGGCCAAGCGUCAGCAGCGGCAGGAAGACCCCGAGUUCAGAGCACGUGAGGCCGACGCCCGGCGCCAACAACGGCAGGAAAACUCGGAGUUGCGGACGAAUGAGGCCCAAGCCAGACGACAACAGCGGCAAGACUGUCCAGAAAUUCGAGCCAGGGAAGCCGAGGCCAAGCGACUAAGGCGACGAGCCGAGGCAGAACAACGAGCGCGGGAAAGGUUAAGCCUGCACGCGAGUGCGACAAACAUGUUUCACAAACGCUUCACACAGAAUCCAUUUGGCUACUCUUGCUCUGUGUGCGAUCGGCUUUGGCACAAGAACGACCUAAAGCCUCUUCCAGAAGCGCAUGCCACAGUGGUUGCCGACGCAUUUCGUACGGAUGUUUCUGGGUUCGAGGUGUGUCGCACUUGCAUGCAGACCAUCCGGCGAAAUCGCAUUCCUAACUACUCCACUACGAAUGGCUAUGCGUACCCACCUAAGCCGGCGCAUUUACCAAACAUUGAUCUCGUGAGUGAGCGACUUGUGUCACCGCGGAUCCCCUUUAUGCAGAUUCGGAGGUUGCUGUACAGCAACAGCGGCCAGUUCGCCAUCAGACGUCCGAUUGUGAACGUGCCUAUCAACGUCGACACAACGGUCCAAAUGCUGCCUUGA